CAGGGGGAGAGAGUUGAAGGAAACGAGAGAAGGACUUUUUUGCUCCAGCUCCUUUUAAAUAUUUUCACGUUUUAGAAAACCUGUGGGUCUGUGUCCAGAGGCCACGGAAUCAAUUAACAUUAAUUCAGCUGGUAUCAAUUUGCUCUAGGCUGUAUGGGGUUUUUUUAGGGGAAAAAAAGUACUUCACCUAGGAAGUCUGCUGUUCAGAGAACAUUGAGUCCAUUGUCUUCUUGGAAUCUUCUGUUGAGAAAACAGGUGUAGCAUUUGUGGAGCAUUUGUUAGUGGCUACGGCCCUUUGUUUCCCACUUUGCGAAACCGGCUGUAAUUGGCUGCACAACUCUCCCUCUGGCCUACACAGCAGAGACAGGCGGAAUUGCUUAUGUUGUACAGAGCCAACUUGAAUGAAUCUCUGGCUAGCCCAAGUUAUGCUUUUGGUAAGCUCUCGUCCGUCUUGAGGAUUGGAAGUUACCUCUUCCCUCACCACAUCUCUGUACAUGUUUUUCUGUGGAGAGUAACUGCAUAAAAACGAUAUAUGGCACCAAGCUGUCUCUACCUAAAGCUUUAAGAGGAGAAGAAAUAGAAGCCUACUUUUUAACCCAGAUCUUGCUACUCCAGUGAAUGAAGCUCAGAGGAGAACAUCAAAGAAGUAUGAAGCCUGCAGGUACCCCCACAGAGAUUUCCUUGUUCAGCAAUAUCCUAUCAGCAUAUUCCUUCAUCACAGAAAACCCUGAACGAGCUGCCCUCUGUUUUGUGUCUGGGAUUUGCAUUGGACUUCUCUUGACCUUGUUGGCUUUAGUCGUCCAAAUCUCCUGUCAAACUGAUUGCAAACAGACAUCAACUCAAAGGCCAUCAUGCAGCAGUGACGGUAGCUGGAGUGACAGUGACUCAGAUACCACCUCAGACCAGUCCGUGCGACGGCAACAUCGAUUUGAACGGACUUUGAACAUGAAUGUCUUUACCUCAGCUGAGGAGCUUGAGAGAGCACAGCGGCUGGAGGAAAGGGAGCGCAUCAUACGAGAGAUAUGGAUGAAUGGCCAGCCAGAUAUUCCAGGAACCAGGAGCCUGAAUCGCUACUAUUGAUGGCGGCAAAUAGGACUGAACUCAUGGGGGCUCUUAAGUCUGCUGGGAAGAGGACUGAAGUCCUACUUUAGAAAGGCAAUAUUUUACCUUUACCUUUUCGAUCUAAGGACAACCUUUUUCAAUAUUUUGCUCAGGUUGCAAAGUUGGAGGAGGGGGUUGGUUUGUAAGAAACUCAAUGUUUUGCUUGCUACAAAUUGGAAGAGCUGAUGAGUGAUACAUAAACAUGCGCACAAAUAUUCUCUCCUUUUCUCCUCCCAAACUAAUUAUUCUAAAGUUAAGUAGGAAAGGGAAAUAUUUUAGCUUCUUCUUCUUUAGACUUCACUUUCAAAUUUGGUCCCCAAAAUGACCUCAGGAUACAACAUUACUAAACUCCCUGCUCUACUUGAUGUUACUGUUAAAAAUGAAUGGGAAACUGGCAUGCUGCAAAACGAAAGAGUGAUCUCCCAGAUUUCCCAGAUAACUUAUUCCCAACAAGAUCUGGGGUCCUCCUAUAGAAAUCAGAGGGGUUCUUUGAAGAUAAAAUGGCGUGUGAUUGCAGUUGGUGCUUUGUUGGCUGUCUGCUUUGUGAUCAGCCACGUUCACGAGGGCAUGACAGCCAUUUCCUAAGAGUGUCUAUCUCUUUUAAAUUUCAAAUGUUUACCCAUGGGGACAAAAAGGUUGGGAACCAUUGUCCCACCAGAUCACUCCUUUCCUGCUGCUGUUUGUAGCAGGAAUCAGAGUCCUGCACCUCCCUUGCAGCUGGUGCCUUCUGGGGAAAGCAAGCAGGACUGAUCAAAUGAAGGAGUGGGGUAUAUCCCACUCAGCUGUGCUCUAUAAAUCUUCCUCACCCUGCAGAUUUGCUGAAAUUAAGCUAUCCAUCUCUUUAAAUCUGACAAUCGCUGUCCUCCCCUGGUUAACCACCAUCUCCACCAACAAUUUUUCUUGAAUUUUUAUUGGAAAUAAAGGGAUAUACUGUACAAGAUGAAAGGCUCACUUUAUAUUUGAUGAAAGGCUCACUUUAUAUUUUAGAAAAUGUGAGAUUUAUGGUUGGAAUCUUUCUCCAGGCACUUGUCUAAAAUAUGAAUUUUAACCUGCUUAAUGCUUUAAUAAUAACAAACCUGCUAGAUAUGACUGCUCCUGCCAACCAGAAAAGCAAAUCUAAAAUAAAGUAUACAGUUUCUGAGGUCUGUGAGAAGUUAUGGGCAAAGAACAUGAAAAGCCUGAAGCAGUCGCUGGCUGCACUUUUGCAUAGUUCAGGAGAAAGAAAAUGUGGGGUAAUGCUUGUAGGCAUUCAUACUUGCCCAUAAGCUGUAAUUAAGAAAGCAUCCACGUGUGCCUUAAUAGAAAACAAUACCUGACAAAAGAGGUAUAGAAGAAAGGUGAACAACUAUCUCGUGGGUUUGGAAAGUCAUGGCAUUGACCUAAUUUUUCUUUUUCCCCCCACAGAUGCUUCAAAACUGGGCAUUUCCACAUUAUGAAAUCAGCUUGCCAGUUGCACAUUCACUAAUACAUUUUGUUAUUUAAAACUAUGUUUUAAAUCUUGUUACAGUGGCAGCAUUUCCCCCCCUGACAACUCAGGGGAUGUAAAAUUCUCCUCUCAGCUCAAGAUCCCACAUUCCCCUUUCUUGCUGUUGUUUUCUAUUCAAUCUUCCAAUCAGGAAUUUUAUAUCAUUAUAGGAAUUGUGUGAGUUUCAAAUACAUUGUUAACAACCUCAAAAUGAUUGUCAGGAUUUUAUGUGUUCCUAUAUGUGUGUACAUAUGCCAUUUGAAAGUACUGAUUAAAAUUGUUUUCUUAUAA